AUGGAGGAGUUCAACAACAUGGAGAUGAUUGAGGCUCUGUUGGAGGACGACUCCGACGAUGACCUCAAGCUGCCCGAGCCCGAGGAGCAGCCGCAGCACCUCGGCCUCCCCCUGCCGCAGCACCUCGGCCAGCAGGGCGCCCUCCCGGUCCCGCAUCCCGCGGCGGUCGCUGACGGUGGCGGGUUCCUCCGACCGGUCGCCGCCUCCAACGGGUUCCUGCCCCCGAGCCUCGGGUACUACCCUUCGCUCCCCUCGCCGCGCGCCCCGCCGGGCGCCGAUUACUUCACUUCCCUUUCCUCGCCGCGCGGCCCGCCCGGUACCGAGUACCUCGCUUCGCUUCCCUCGCCGCACGCCACGCCGGGCGCCGACUGCUUCGCUUCGCUUCCCUCGCCGCACGUCCCGCCUGGCGCCGACUGCUUCGCUUCGCUUCCUUCGCCGCACGUCCCGCCUGGCGCCGACCAGCAGCAGCUCCUUCCGCCGCACCCUCAGCAAGACCAGUUCGUCUCGCACGCGGGGCAUUACAGCCCCUACUACCCACGGGUCCCACCGGGCGCCGCCGUCUACUACGGCCCGCGCGGCGGCGACGCUUACUACGGCCCGCGCGGCGGCGACGCCUACUACGGUCCGCGCGGCGGCGAUUCCUACUACGGCGCACCCCCUGCCUCGGUGGGGCAUCAUCACCACAACGUCCCCAUCGGAUCCGUGGUCUCUGCCCAGAUGGCGCUCGUGGAGACCUCGGCGCGGAGGCAGCAGCAGGAGGGGCACCCGCACGCGGCCCAGACAUCGCGCCUGCCGCGGCACCUCGACAUUGGGGCGGCUUCGACAUCGAGCCGUCCAAGGCCAAGCAACUUCACCUCGUCUAUUCGAAGGGAUCUUAUCAAUCGGAAGGACGUCGGGCCGCUGCUUACAUCCACUCUGUCAGCUGAACAAGUUGUGUGCCUGCUUCAAUCAAGGGACGACAAAGUGCAGCGCAUUGUGCUCGGCCACGUCAGGUCACGUAUCGGCACUAUGAUGGCCAACAAAGAGGGCAGCAAGGUGUUCCUCGCGCUAGUUCAUAACUCAAGAGGGGACUCGCAGGUCCUUGAGUCAAUUGUACAAGGGGUGGCGGGGGCCCCUGCGCUGAGAACAAAAAACAAUGAAGAAUUUGACAACUGGAUAAACUCUCUAAGGUCGGUGAUCACAGCGGUGGCCGAUCAACCCUUACUGAUAAAGAUGCUGCUCAACAGUUUGCUCAACAAAAAGCUCAUGGACAGCGCCCGAGAAGAGGAAUUGACUAAGCAUCUCUUUAACAUCGUGUCCACCGAGAUUCUAUGCGAGCAUGGCAUCGAGUGCUUGACCAGCAACAGAGAAUGUGCAAGGCAUGUGUCAGGGUUUUUGAUCGAGCUUUAUGGGCGUGCUUCAGGAAAAUUUCUGAGAGAUAUUGAAGACCUACUAAUUGAGAAUGCCAUGGGCUUGGCGGUCGGAGCCUACAGCAAUUAUUUGCUCCAGCACGUACUCAGGAAAUGCAGCCCUGAGAUGAAGAAGCGACUCGUGGAGAAGCUGUCACAGGACAUUGUCUGUUUGUGUGCAGAUCAGCAGGGGGUAUCCGUGAUGCAGUGUUACUUCAAGCUACCUGAUGCGUCCCUUGACACUGAAACGAUGAGUCUUGUUCUGGAUUCACUGAUCGGCCUCAGUGACGAUCGACUUUCUGCGAUGGUAAGCGGAACUCAUUCAAGUACCGUCAUCUGUGAGGCACUAAAGAAGAGGCAGUGCAGUCAUGAGCUGAACGCCAAGGUGUGUGCACUUGCAUUAAGGAUCAACCAGCUUCCGGAGGUCGCCCUACAAGAGAACGAGUCGUCCAGCGCGGUUCUGCGGUUUGCCGCCCGAGCGCUAAGAUUCGUCAAUCCCAACAUCCCCAACCUCCACAACAAUUAG